AUGGGGAGAGGGAGGGGGGAGGGGGCGGAGCUUUUGAGCCUGGGGGCGGGGCCAGAGCUGAGCGGGCGCCAUGGGCCCCCCCGCGCCGCUCUUCCUCCUCCUCCUCCUCCUCUCGCUCGGCGCCAGCGUGGCCCCCGCGGCCCCCCCGGACCUGGAGGAGCCGAGGAUUACGCGGAGUGCAGCGAUGGUUACGAGUGGGACCCCGAGACCGAGCACUGCAAAGACGUGGACGAGUGCGCGGUGGGGUCCCCGCCGCCCUGCCGGGGCUCCAUGAAGUGCCUGAACCAUUUCGGGGGGUACCUGUGCCUGCCCCGCUCGGCCGCGCUGCUCAGCCCCGGGCCCGACGUGGACGAGUGCGCGGGGCCCCCCCCGUGCCGGCCCAGCCAGGAGUGCAUCAACGUCCGGGGGGGCUUCGAGUGCCGCUGCCCCCCCGGGUACCGGCACCGGGACACCGAGUGCGUGGACGAGGACGAGUGCCAGUUCCGCUGGUGCCAGCACAGCUGCGCCAACUCCCCCGGCGCCUUCUCCUGCCGCUGCCACCCCGGCUUCAGCCUCGGCCCCGACGGCCGCUCCUGCCUCGACGUGGACGAGUGCUCGAUGGGCGCCCGCUGCUCCCAGCGCUGCCUCAACACCUUCGGCUCCUUCCGCUGCCGCUGCCGCGCCGGCUUCGCCCUGGGCCCCGACGGGCACCGCUGCCUCGACGUGGACGAGUGCCGGGGGGGGGUCCGGUGCCAGCACCGCUGCCAGAACCUCCCGGGGGGCUUCAGCUGCGUCUGCCCCCCCGGCUACAGCGAGGAGGGGGGGCUCUGCAAGGACCGGGACGAGUGCUCGGAGGGCUCGCACGGCUGCGGGGGGGCCCAGAGCUGCCUCAACACCUUCGGGGGGCACCUGUGCGACCUGCGUGUGCCCCGGGGGGUCCCGGGCUGUGCCCCCCGCCCCCGCUGGCUCCUGCACCGGUUCCUGGCGCUGCCUGAGACCCCGAGGCGCCCACCGGGAUCUUCCAGCUCCGGCACCCCCUGGUCGGGGACCCCCAGAGGCUGCGGCUGCGCGGGGGGCCCCCCCGGGACCUUCCGGCUGCGGGCGCUGACCAAUCACAGCUCGCUGCUGGAGCUCGUGCGCCCCCUGGCGGGCCCGCGGCAGCUGCUGCUGGAGGUGGAGCUUCUGCGCCCGGGGCCCCGCCCCCCGCCCGAGGCCCCGCCCCUCGGCACGGAGGGACCGCCCCCCGGCACAGAGGGACCGCCCCCCGGCGCCUGGGACCCGCCCCCUCCCACUGGGCGGGGCCUGGCUUUGCUCCGCCUCCAUCUGUCAGUGGGGGGCCACCCAUUCUAGCUGGGGGGAGACCCCAAAAAUCCACUGGGAACCCCAAAAAAUCUACUGGGACCCCCAG